AUGUCGGAAGGCUGCACCGUCGCAGGAAGGGAGCAGAGCCUGUCAGUCCGAGUGGUCAGCACAGGUCAUGGGGCCACACAGCAGGCCUGCAGUGGCGUCUGGGACAACAUCACAUGCUGGCGGCCUGCCAAUGUGGGAGAGACGGUCACGGUGCCCUGCCCAAAAGUCUUCAGCAAUUUCUACAGCAAAGCAGGAAACAUAAGCAAAAACUGCACGAGUGACGGGUGGUCGGAGACGUUCCCAGAUUUCGUCGAUGCCUGUGGCUACAGCGACCUGGAGGACGAGAGCAAGAUCACGUUUUAUAUUCUGGUGAAGGCCAUUUAUACCCUGGGCUACAGUGUCUCUCUGAUGUCUCUUGCAACAGGAAGCAUAAUUCUGUGCCUCUUCAGGAAGCUGCACUGUACCAGGAAUUACAUCCAUCUGAACCUAUUCCUGUCCUUCAUCCUGAGAGCCAUCUCAGUGCUGGUCAAGGACGACGUUCUCUACUCCAGUUCAGGCACGUUGCACUGUCCCAACCAGCCGUCCUCCUGGGUGGGCUGCAAGCUGAGCCUGGUCUUCCUGCAGUACUGCAUCAUGGCCAACUUCUUCUGGCUGCUGGUGGAGGGGCUGUACCUCCACACCCUCCUGGUGGCAGUGCUCCCCCCCGGAAGGUGCUUCCUGGCCUACCUCCUGAUCGGAUGGGGUCUCCCCACCGUAUGCAUCGGUGCGUGGACUGCAGCCAGGCUCUACUUAGAAGACACCGGUUGCUGGGAUACGAACGACCACAGUGUGCCCUGGUGGGUCAUACGAAUACCGAUUUUAAUUUCCAUCAUUGUUAAUUUUGUCCUUUUCAUUAGUAUUAUACGAAUUUUGCUGCAGAAGUUAACAUCCCCGGAUGUCGGCGGCAACGACCAGUCCCAGUACAAGAGGCUGGCCAAGUCCACGCUCCUGCUCAUCCCGCUGUUUGGCGUCCACUACAUGGUGUUUGCCGUGUUUCCCAUCAGCAUCUCCUCCAAAUACCAGAUACUGUUUGAACUGUGCCUCGGGUCGUUCCAGGGCCUGGUGGUGGCCGUCCUCUACUGUUUCCUGAACAGUGAGGUGCAGUGCGAGCUGAAGCGAAAAUGGCGAAGCCGGUGCCCGACCCCGUCCAGGAGCCGGGAUUACAGGGCCUGCGGCUCCUCCAUCUCCCGCAACGGCUCGGAGGGCGCCCUGCACUGCCACCGCGGCUCCCGCGCCCCGUCCUUCCUGCAGACGGAGACCUCGGUCCUCUAGCCCCGCCUGGCCGUGGGACGCGGCGGGAGGCCACGGCGCGGGCUUCUGCGGGGCUGAGACGCCGGCUCCUCCUUCCAGGAGCCCGAGCAGCCUGGCGGGCGGCCCAGCGCGGUCCUGGCGCAUCAACUUGUCCACUAAGCCGCAUACCUGGAACCGGGUCGUGUUGUCACCGACUGGAUUUAAACUCCAGCGUUUAGAUAA